AUGACCAAAGGCGUCAUGUACUCUCUUUUGCUGACCGUACUCGGUCCCAUCGUAGCAGGCAUCGUCUACACCAUAUUGCUUGUAGGACGUCGUGAGAAGAACUUACCACCGGGUCCUCCUACCUUCCCUAUCCUAGGCAAUCUUCUACAAAUACCACUUAAAGGAGCGCACUUUCAGUUCACCAAAUGGGCAGAGCAAUAUGGUGGCAUUUACACCCUCAAGCUAGGCACUGGCACAGCAGCAGUCAUCACUGACCGUCGUCUCGUUAAGGAGCUGGUCGAUAAGAAGAGCGCAAAGUACUCGGAACGGCCAAAGUCUUAUGUCGCCAAUCUCAUCAGUGGCGGCGACCACAUCCUUCUCAUGGACUAUGGAGCGCAAUGGCGAGAUACCAGGAAGCUGCUUCAUGGGUCGUUCAUGGAAAGGAUGGUAGACGAGAACCACAUGCCACUGCAGGAAGCUGAAGCACGCUAA